ACAAAUUAUAUUAUGUUUUGUAUUUUAUUAUUAACCAAUCUUAGUUCGUUGAUCUCUUCGCCAUCUCCCAUUUGACCUCAAAAAAGAGUUUCCAUCCUCCUUUUGUUUUCUCCGUUUUGAAGCUCUCUGCAUUUCGUAUGGUUAUGAAGUGUUUUCAUUUCACUAACGGCGAGGGUCGUGACGAAGGAGAAGAUGUCAGCGGCGGCGGAGGCGUUGUUUCGAGGAUGUCGUCGAAGGUGACGUGGACUAGGUCUUUAAGCGUGGCGUCAAGCAGCGCCGACACGCGCCGUUCCGAGUUCGACUCCGAGUCGACUCGGGACUUCGCCUCGGCGGCGAGUUUCUGUGAGUUCCUGACUCAGCGCCGAGCUAACGAUCUACGUGUCUUUACAUUCGCGGAGCUGAAAUCAGCUACUCGCGGGUUCAGCAGAGCCCUUUUGAUAGGCGAAGGAGGCUUCGGCUGCGUUUAUAGAGGCACCGUUGACGUUUCCGAUGAAGUUAACGGCGGUCGUUAUUCAAAGUUGGACGUCGCCAUUAAACAGCUUAAUCGUCACGGUUUCCAGGGGCAUAAGGAAUGGAUAAAUGAAGUGAACUUUUUAGGCGUAGUUAACCACCCGAAUCUUGUACGAUUAAUCGGCUACUGUGCCGAGGAUGAUGAGCGAGGGAUUCAGAGACUUCUGGUCUACGAGCUUAUGCGUAACAAAAGCUUAGAGGAUCGACUUUUGGCUCGGACUCCAUUGCCGUUGCCGCCAUUGCCUUGGGUGACAAGGUUGAGUAUCGCACAAGACGCUGCCCGGGGUUUGGCUUACCUGCAUGAAGAAAUGGAUUUCCAGCUAAUAUUUAGAGACUUCAAAACAUCGAAUAUUCUACUAGACGACGACUUCAAUGCGAAGCUUUCAGAUUUCGGACUGGCUCGGCAAGGACCCCCCGAAGGAUUUGGGCAUGUUUCGACAGCAGUUGUCGGCACAGUGGGUUACACUGCCCCUGAGUACAUGCAAACCGGCAGGCUAACUGCCAAAAGCGAUGUUUGGAGCUUCGGGGUUGUUCUAUACGAGCUCAUCACCGGAAGGCGAGUUUUAGAAAGAAACCUACCUCGAAGCGAACAAAAGCUCCUAGAAUGGGUGAGACCUUACAUAUCAGAUUCGAAGAAAUUUCACCUUAUUGUAGACCCUCGCCUCGAAGGACAGUAUUGCCUGAAAUCGGCUCGGAAACUAGCAUCCCUAGCAAACAAAUGUCUAAUGAAAAACUCUAAAUCCCGUCCCAAAAUGAGUGAAGUGGUUGAGAUGCUAGGCAACAUCAUUAGUGAGACUUCAUCUCAAUACGAAUUGAUCUCUCAACCAAUCGGCGAGAACGAAGAUGAAAAGGAAGAAAGCGAAGUGCAGACCGAGGUCGAGUCCACAAAGCAAGGACACAAUUACUUGAAGAAGGUUUUCGAAAUCAAAGAAAUAAUUAGUUUAAGAAACCGAUCGGUCGGGAAGUUAGAUUGGAGAAAUUGGACGCCGGGGCUAGUGAGAACUUGGUAACGAUGACCUUUCCGUGUCCAACUCCCCAGCCGCAAAAGAUACAUGUACUUCGAACGAGUAGUUCUUCGAACGUUCGGAGGAUAACUUAUGUGUCUUCCUACUCUUCUUUUGUUGAAACUUUGUUGUAAAGAUCGUUUAUUUUCAAAGAAAAGCUACAUUUAUUUCUUCAAA